AGACUUCGCUCCACGGUCGCAUCCACGCAACGUGAUGAGGUUGAAGGAGGGAAAGAGAAGCAAGUUGAUGAGUGCACGGUGGUGAAAGCUGUUCAAGCGGACCUCAUCAGCCAAUCAAAAAAUACAACCGAUGCUCAAACACAGAAGAUCGCAAUCGACUUUGACAAUACUCAUGAAGCUUACAAAAGUAAAGAUAACAUUGAGCUGCUUAGAAGUCUGUUGGUCUUCAAGCUUUGCACAUUCGACUUCCUCGUUGACAAGAACAAGGAGGUAGGGACAUUAUUUUGAUUAGAUUGUUUUUGCUACAUUCCUUUGAUUAGUUUUUACAGGUGUGGUUAGUAGGCUAACUGUCAUACAAGUGAUAUCAGAUAACAUAAUGGACAUUUCUGACUGUCAAAAGGGCCAUUAUUCAACAUGCAUGCAGAAGAACAACUUCCAUUUAUUUCACAGCCUAACAUUUCCAGGUGCACAAGUAGUUUAGCCCUAUUAUCAUUAUCCUGGCUGACUGACUACACAGCAAUCUGUGACUGAGGCAGGUGUUAACUAAACUAUAUUAUCAUACCAUUUGUAUUGAAUCUUGUGACUGAAAAUGAAAAUCAAAUGGUGGUGGUUUUCGUAGAUCAGUUCCUGGGUGGAUCAAAUUAUAAGGAACACUAUAACUGGCAUGUUGUGGGUCUAACUCAGUUGAUUAUUUGCUCUGUCCUCAGUUGAUGGACCUUAGCAAGAAGGUGUUUGGCCAGCGGCUGUUUGAGAAGCUGAUGAAGAUGACGUUUUAUGGGCAGUUUGUGGCCGGGGAGGACCACAACUCAAUCAAGCCUCUGAUCCAUAAGAACCAGGCCUUCGGUGUGGGGUCAGUCCUGGAUUACAGUGUGGAGGAGGACCUGACCCAGGAGGAGGCAGAGAAGAAGGAGAUGGAGUAAGUAGUCUCUGCCCUCCUAGUCUGCUGUAGUAGUCUGUAUCUCAUUAGUCACAACCCCAGCUGAAGUAACACUAAUAGAGGAUAUAGGACUCUUGCAGUAUCCACAAUUCAAAUACAAGCUUUCACAUUUUCUAGUUUCAUAAUUUAUUGAUUAGGAAUCAUUGAUUAUUUGUAGCUAUGUGAUGUACAGUGAGAUGCCUAUACUUUUACCUCAGUGCCCACUAUGUAAACGUUUUCUGCAAUUGACCUAUUGCAAAAGGCUACAGUCAAAAUAAUCCUAUCUGAUCCAAUACUAUUGGGGAACAAGUCAUAUGGUCAGUUCCAUAUGUUGCACUUUUCUCAAACACACUCUCUCACAAACACACAGGCCUACUCAUGUUUCAUAUUCAUAAAAACCUGUGUUUACAACUUCUCACCAUAAAACAUGCCCAUCCCAUUUUUCAUGGGUUCAAAUGGAUUGUAAACAAUGCAUCUCUUUCAGCAUCUGACAUUACCCAGCACUACCCGGCCACCAUUGGUUAGUUUGUUGAGCUGAAGAAGCAAGUUUAUUCCAGUCCCUUUGAGAAUGCAGUUACAUGCGAUGGAUUAAGACAAGCCUGCACUGUUGGGUAACUUGAUGCACCCUUUCAAAAGAGGCCCAGGGAGUGUUAUGUUUUCAUUUGUUUUGGGAAACAGCCUUCCCCUGUUUGGUUAGGGAUUUUCUUAUAGACUGACUAUGCACACAUUCAAGCUGAACUAACAGGCUGAAUAACGAAGAGGGGUGGGGUGGUGGAUGGGAUUGACAGUGAAAAGGUUAGUGACACCAUUAAAGACCAACUUGAUAACAUUCUGACCAUACCUCAUUGCUGUGGAACUCUCCACACGAGGAGACUAAUAAGGACUUUUGGAGCCAGCCUACAUUAGUGGAGUAUCACACAACAUCCUCUCCUCUCUUGUUAAUUAUUGGAUGUACCAGAGAGGAAGAGGACUCAUAUUCACUGGAAUUGUUCAAACAAGUAAGGUUUUAACACCCCCUUGAAGUGAUGACGGUCCAUACAUUAUCAACAUGUUGUGAAUUAAUCAUUGUGGGAGUACCAGAGUUGCAAUCAACCUUUAAUUUUUUUAAUCAUGGUUGGCAAAGUACAUGCUUUGAUUGAGUUUCUGAAGUCUAUUACUUUCAAACGUCGAGACUCAAACUAAUGUAUGUUAAAACUUUCAUUCAAAUUGUGCAGUUAGCCUGUGCAAAUAUUUACCCCUUGAUAACAUUAAGCCAUGGCAAUCAUUGAAACAACCAACAGCACGGAAAGAUGCCAGCAGCAUACCACCAUGCAUCCCACUGCUAGCUUGCCUCUGAAGCUAAGCAGGGUUGAUCCUGGUCGGUCCCUGGAUGGGAGACCAGAUGCUGCUUGAGGUGGUGUUGGAGGGCCAGCAGGAGGCACUCUUUCCUCUGGUCUAAAAAAUAUGCGAAUGCCCCAGGGCAGUGAUUGGGGACCUUGCCCUGUGUAGGGUUCCGUCUUUCGUAUGGGAUGUUAAACAGGUGCCCUGGCUUUCUGUGGUCACUAAAGAUCCCAUGGCACUUAUUGUGACAGUAGGGGUGUUAACCCCGGUGUCCUGGCUAAAUUCCCAAUCUGGCCCUCAUACCAUCAUGGCCACCUAAUCAUCCCCAGCUUUCAAUUGGCUCAUUCCUCUCCCAUGUAACUAAUCCCCGGGUUGUUGCUGUAAAUGAGAAUGUGUUCUCAGUCAACUUACCUGGUAAAUGAAGGGUUAAAUAAAAGUAAAUAAAAAAAUACAGCAAUGUGCUAAUGAGAUCAAUUUCCUUCAUGUUAUUCAAGCUUGGGUAUUAGAGUCCUGGAUCUUACUGGAUUAACCUAGGCUACUGAAUGUGUGAUGCACUGAGGUUUUGAAACAGUCAACACUCUCAGUGAUCAGAAGUCCACGACGGCACAAGAGAUCAACUAGCAGGACAUUUGCACUUCUACAUAAUGUUAGCACCCUCCCCCCAAUCCCCCUGUCGUGCGUACCAUAUAUAUAGUACAGUCAACAUACUGGCACUCACUCUGUGGUUGUGAAACGACCACACUCACCCCAUUUUCCUCCCCAUCUACUUACUUCAACAUUAUUUCGAACAUCUUAUUUGGUACUGAACACCUGAACACUUGUAGUUAUUAGGCUUUUUGCCUGUAUAGUAGUGGUUGUAGUAGUGAUAUAAGUAUCUCUCAGUUGAUGUCAUGUUAAUUCAGUGUUUCCUCUCUUUCAGCGCCUGUGUUUCUGAAGCUGAAAAAGAAAGUCCAGGUGUGUAUUUGUUGACUGAAACGGAUUAACAACUCAAAAUGAGUUUUCAGUUUGGUUUACAAUUAAUUUAUUCGGUUAUGAUUGAGUUUUGUUGUAAUUGAUUGGUUAUUUAUGCACUUUAUAAUUUGUUGCAGUGCCAGCUUCAGAAUUCUUCGUAACGCAGGAGCAUGACCACAGUAAUGUUACUUGACAUAAAUGUUUCAUUACUGAUGUAUCAGGCCAUCUGGUUGGUGGAGGUGGGGGGUGGAACCCCUUUCACACACGGCACUUAACCGUGCGUGUGAAAGCAGUGGGGUUGCAUUGCCAAAAUGUCUGUCGCUUCAGCAGUGUUCCUGAAUGCAAAUUUUCCUGGGUCUAUGCUAGCGGUCAUUUAAGGGUUAAUAUAGAGCUGUUACAUGAGAUUGCAUGGUUGAGGGAGCAGGUUAGAUCUGGAUUUAGUCUGGAGGCUAGGAGGGAGAGAGGGGUUAAUGAGGGCAGGUAUGUAGGGUUGGGCGGUAUCCAGAUUUUGUGCUCACAAGGGGCGUUAUUUAUAAAACAAUAUAUAUACUACCAUUCAAAAGUUUGGGGUCACUUAGAAAUGUCAUUUUUUUCGAAAGAAAAGCAAUUUUUUGUCCAUUAAAAUAACAUCAAAUUGAUCAGAAAUACAGUGUAGACAUUGUUAAUGUUGUAAAUGGCUACUGUAGUUGGAAAUGGCUGAUUUAAAAAAAAAUGGAAUAUCUACAUAUGCGUACAGAGGCCCAUUAUCAGCAACCAUCAGUCCUGUGUUCCAAUGGCACGUUGUGUUUGCUAAUCCAAGUUUAUCAUUUUAAAAGGCUAAUUGAUCAUUAGAAAACCCUUUUGCAAUUAUGUUAGCACAGCUGAAAACUGUUGUGCUGAUUAAAGAAGCAAUAAAACUGGCCUUCUUGAGACUAGUUGAGUAUCUGGAGCAUCAGCAAUUGUGGGUUCGAUUACAGGCUUAAAAUGGCCUGAAACAAAUAACUUUCUUCUGAAACGCGUCAGUCUAUUCUUGUUCUGAGAAAUGAAGGCUAUUCCAUGCAAGAAAUUGCCAAGAAACUGAAGAUCUCGUACAACGCUGUGUACUACUCCCUUCACAGAACAGCGCAAACUGGCUCUAACCAGAAUAGAAAUAGGAGUGGGAGGCCCCGGUGCACAACUGAGCAAGAGGACAAAUACAUCAGUCUAGUUUGAGAAACCGACGCCUCACAGGUCCUCAACUGGCAGCUUCAUUAAAUAGUACCCGCAAAACACCAGUCUCAACGUCAACAGUGAAGAGGCGACUCUGGGAUGCUGACCUUCUAGGCAGAGUUGCAAAGAAAAAGCCAUAUCUCAGACUGGCCAAUAAAAAUAAAAGAUGGGCAAAAGAACACAGACACUGGACAGAGGAAGAUUGGAAAAAAGUGUUAUGGACAGACGAAUCGAAGUUUCAGGUGUUUGGAUCACAAAGAAGAACAUUUGUGAGACGCAGACCACAUGAAAAGAUGCUGGAGGAGUGCUUGAUGCCAUCUGUCAAGCAUGGUGGAGGCAAUGUGAUGGUCUAGGGGUGCUUUGGUGGUGGUAAAGUGGGAGACUUGUACAGGGUAAAAGGGAUCUUGAAGAAGGAAGGCUAUCACUCCAUUUUGCAACACCAUGCCAUAGCCUGUGGACGGCGCUUGAUUGGAGCCAAUUUCCUCCUACAAUAGGACAAUGACCCAAAGCAGAGCUCCAAACUAUGCAAGAAACAUUUAGGGAAGAAGCAGUCAGCUGGUAUUCUGUCUAUAAUGGAGUGGCCAGCACAGUCACCGUAUCUCAACCCUAUUGAGCUGUUGUGGGAGCAGCUUGACCGUAUGGUACGUAAGAAGUGCCCAUCAAGCCAAUCCAACUUGUGGGAGGUGCUUCAGGAAGCAUGGGGUGAAAUCUCUUCAGAUUACCUCAACAAAUUGACAACUAGAAUGCCAAAGGUCUGCAAGGCUGUAGUUGCUGCAAAUGGAGGAUUCUUUGACGAAAGCAAAGUUUGAAGGACACAAUUAUUAUUUCAAUUAAAAAUCAUUAUUUCUAACCUUGUCAAUGACUACAUUUCCUAUUUCCUAUUCAAACUCGUUUCAUGUAUGUUUUCAUGGAAAACAAGGACAUUUCUAUGUGACCCCAAACUUUUGAACGGUAGUGUGUGUGUGUGUGUAUAUAUAUGUAUAUGUGUGUGUGUAUAUAUAUAUAUAUAUAUAUAUAUAUAUAUAUAUAUAUAUAUAUAUAUAUAUAUAUAUAUACACACUGUGUAUACAUAUAUAUAUAUAUAUCAGUGUAUAUACACACUGUGUAUACAAACUAUUAACAACACCUGCUCUUCAAUGAUAGACUGACCAGGUGAAAGCUAUGGUCCCUUAUAAAGCUAUGAUCCGGGGGUAUUUAGAAUUACCCCAGUAUGAGGUAUAAACGGUAUAUCGCCCAAGCCUACAGGUAUGCAUGUUAAGUUAAAGAGCAGCUGGAACCCUGGUUCAUGUCAUGUGUUGCAUGUUUUGGGGCACUGGAUAUUUACAUAACCCUCUCCCCCAUAUCUUUUUUCUGAGCCUGGCACUAGAUAUCUAGAGAUCUAUUUUCUUUUACUUAUUUUGACAGAUUUUUCACAUACAGUAUCUUAAAACACGGUGUGUAUAUUUAAGCAAUAAGCCCAGAGGGGGUGUGGUAUAUGACCAAAAUACCACGCCUAAGGGCUGUUCUUAGGCACAACGCAAUGCGGAGUGGUAUAUUGGCCAUAUAACACAAACCCUGAUGUGCCUUAUUGCUGUUAUAAACUGGUUACCAGUGUAAUUAGAGCAGUAAAAAUAAAUGUUUUGUCAUACCCGUGGUAUACGGUCUGAUGUUUACAUUUUUUAUUUAACCUUUAUUUAACUAGGCAAGUCAGUUAAGAACAAAUUCUUAUUUACAAUGACGGCCUACCGCGGCCAAACCUGGACGACGCUGGGCCAAUUGUGUGCCGCCCUAUGGGACUCCCAAUCACGGCCGGAUUGUGAUACAGCCUGGAAUCGAACCAGGGUCUGUAGUGACGCCUCUAGCGCUGAGAUGCAGUGCUUAGACCGCUGCGCCACUCGGGUGCCCCGAGUCAGCCAAUCAGCAUUCAGGGCUCGACCCACCCAGUUUAUAAACAUGACAUAAUAUUACAGAACAUUAAUAGACAAGAACAGCUCAAGGACAGAACUACAUACUGUACAUUUAUAAAUGGCACACAUAGCCUACAUAUCAAUAUUUUUUUAUAUGUAUGUGUGUGUAUAUAUAUAUAUAUAUAUAUAUAUAUACAGUGGGGAAAAAAAGUAUUUAGUCAGCCACCAAUUGUGCAAGUUCUCCCACUUAAAAAGAUGAGAGAGGCCUGUAAUUUUCAUCAUAGGUACACGUCAACUAUGACAGACAAAAUAAGGAAAAAAAAUCCAGAAAAUCACAUUGUAGGAUUUUUAAUGAAUUUAUUGGCAUAUGAUGGUGGAAAAUAAGUAUUUGGUCAAUAACAAAAGUUUCUCAAUACUUUGUUAUAUACCCUUUGUUGGCAAUGACACAGGUCAAACGUUUUCUGUAAGUCUUCACAAGGUUUUCACACACUGUUGCUGGUAUUUUGGCCCCAUUCCUCCAUGCAGAUCUCCUCUAGAGCAGUGAUGUUUUGGGGCUGUCGCUGGGCAACACAGACUUUCAACUCCCUCCAAAGAUUUUCUAUGGGGUUGAGAUCUGGAGACUGGCUAGGCCACUCCAGGACCUUGAAAUGCUUCUUACGAAGCCACUCCUUCGUUGCCCGGGCAGUGUGUUUGGGAUCAUUGUCAUGCUGAAAGACCCAGCCACGUUUCAUCUUCAAUGCCCUUGCUGAUGGAAGGAGGGUUUCACUCAAAAUCUCACGAUACAUGGCCCCAUUCAUUCUUUCCUUUACACGGAUCAGUCGUCCUGGUCCCUUUGCAGAAAAACAGCCCCAAAGCAUGAUGUUUCCAACCCCAUGCUUCACAGUAGGUAUGGUGUUCUUUGGAUGCAACUCAGCAUUCUUUGUCCUCCAAACAUGACGAGUUGAGUUUUUACCAAAAAGUUAUAUUUUGGUUUCAUCUGACCAUAUGACAUUCUCCCAAUCCUCUUCUGGAUCAUCCAAAUGCACUUCAGACGGGCCUGGACAUGUACUGGCUUAAGCAGGGGGACACGUCUCGCACUGCAGGAUUUGAGUCCCUGGCGGCGUAGUGUGUUACUGAUGGUUGGCUUUGUUACUUUGGUCCCAGCUCUCUGCAGGUCAUUCACUAGGUCCCCCCGUGUGUUUCUGGGAUUUUUGCUCACCGUUCUUGUGAUCAUUUUGACCCCACGGGGUGAGAUCUUGCGUGGAGCCCCAGAUCGAGGGAGAUUAUCAGUGGUCUUGUAUGUCUUCCAUUUCCUAAUAAUUGCUCCCACAGUUGAUUUCUUCAAACCAAGCUGCUUACCUAUUGCAGAUUCAGUCUUCCCAGCCUGGUGCAGGUCUACAAUUUUGUUUUUGGUGUCCUUUUACAGCUCUUUGGUCUUGGCCAUUGUGAAGUUUGGAGUGUGACUGUUUGAGGUUGUGGACAGGUGUAUUUUAUACUGAUAACAAGUUCAAACAGGUGCCAUUAAUACAGGUAACGAGUGGAGGACAGAGGAGCCUCUGAAAGAAGAAGUUACAGGUCUGUGAGAGCCAGAAAUCUUGCUUGUUUGUAGGUGACCAAAUACUUAUUUUCCACCAUAAUUUGCAAAUAAAUUAAUUAAAAAUCCUACAAUGGGAUUUUCUGGAUUUUUUUUCCUCAAUUUGUCUGUCAUAGUUGACGUGUACCUAUGAUGAAAAUUACAGGCCUCUCUCAUCUUUUUAAGUGGGAGAACUUGCACAAUUGGUGGCUGACUAAAUACUUUUUUUCCCCACUGUAUAUGGGUCUGCAGAUAUGUGACCUUACCAAGAGGCACAUGCCUGGCUAAUAUAUGUGGUACAUGUAAAAGUGUGCUGCUGUCACAAUUGUUCAUUUUCUGAAAAACAGAUCUCCAGGUAUCUAUGCCAAUUUAGAUCUAGAUUAUUUAGGUGAUGGUGGUGAGGGUCAUUCCUAUGGAAAGGGUUCUCUUGUCUUUCUCUCCCAGUGUUCUGUGUGGGUAUACUCGAGUCUAGAGGAAAGUCUUGUUACAUGAUGUUGUUUUCUGACUGUAGGCGUUGACCACCGUGAGAAGAAGUACCAGGCCCACCGUCAGUUUGGGGACCGUCGUGGGGGCGUGAUCAGUGCCAGGACAUACUUCUAUGCUGAUGAGGCUAAGUGUGACAACCAGAUGGAGACCUUCCUCAACUGCAUCAAAGCCUCAGGUGAGAACACAAUAAAAUGCAGUGAAUUGAAUUAAUUCAAUUAGUCCAAAAAUCUUUUUUGCAGACUCUUUGCAGAUGUUGUUAUAUCAUGCAUAAUAUGAUUAUUAUGAUCUAUUUAAUGUUAUGUUGUAUCUGACUCUCAGGGGGGGCCUCUGUAGAUGGAUUUUCUGCCAUUAAGAUGACUGCCCUGGGCCGCCCACAGUUCCUGGUGAGUUAGACACCCUCUGCCUGUUAGACUCUCUCUUUUAGCCCUUGAUUUAACAUUGGCAGUGAUCGUGACAGGGCAGCUUUUUAGUUUGUUUGUUUGUUGGCGUUAUGACCUGUCUCCUCCCGUCUCCAGCUCCAGUUCUCAGAGGUGCUGGUGAAAUGGAGGAGGUUCUUUAACCUGCUGGCAGCUCAGCAGGGGAAGUCGGGCAUGGAAGCACUGGAGCAGAAACUGGAACUGGAGCAACUGAAGGUGCGUGUCGCCUAGAGCAACACUCAAAGUGGAGAUGUGAAUGAGGUCAAGCAGUUUCCCAGCUAAAAAUCACCUAAACCGUCUCUCUGCUGGUAAGAAGACUCCCUAACAGACUUAAUUUCUGUGGGAGCCCUAUAGUUCCUUUGAGACGAAAACACCAAACACUAUAGCAAAAUUAUGAAACAUUUAUUAAUUGUUUUCCCUGCUAGUGAUUACCGUUAUCUUUAAUGUCUCAUCGUUAAUAGUUAUUGGUAUUCUUUUAAAAAAAUUCAAACCUAUUUUGGUAUUUUAUUAGGAUCCCCAUUAGCUGUUGCGCAAGCAGCAGCUACUCUUCCUAGGGUCCACACAAAACAUGAAACAUGACAUAAUACAGAACAUUAAUAGACAAGAACAGCUCAUGGACAGAACUACAUACUGUACAUUUUUAAACGGCACACGUAGCCUAUAUAUCAAUACAGACACACAAAAUAUCUAGGUCAAAUAGGGGUGAGGCGUUGUGCCGUUAGGUGUUGCUUUAUCUGUUUUUUAAACCUGGUUUGCUGUUCAUUUCAGCAAUAUGAGAUGGGAGUUCCAUGCAAUAAUGGCUCUAUAUAAUACUGUACUUUUGUUUGCUACAGGAGAGUUUGACUAAGCUGGGUGUUGGAAAUAAAGACGACAUUGAGAACUGGUUUACUGGAGAGAAACUGGGCUCAUCAGGGUAAGAGGCUGAACUCACUUGGAAUGCAUCAUGAGCACACAAACGAUAGAAUAUUCAAUGGAUAGGAUGUGUGUACAGGACUGGAUUUGACUUUGAAUCUGUCAUUUACGUUAUGUUCCCAAGAACGAUAGACCUUCUGGACUGGAAUAGCUUGAUCAACGGCAGAACAUCGAUCUCAAACCUGCUCGUCAUUCCCAACUUUGAGGCGAGCUAGCCACAUAUUACACACACAUUUAUUUACAUAUCCUUGUAAUAUUUAACACACGGGCAUACUACUGUAUGAUAUCUACCUGAAUGUGUUUGUACACAGAAACUCAUGAAGUGCAUUAUGUACCAGCACAAAUUCAUCCAUCUAUGCAGCAUGUACAUACAGUAUAUACAUCCAUUUUGUAGUUUAGGUCAGGAUUGACUCUAAAUGAAAUGUGUGUUUCCUCUGAUCUUCUAGACUGGUCAGCUGGAGCCUCUGUUGAGGAAGUUCACCAUUGAAGAGGAGAAACAGAUGAAGAGGAUGCUGCAGAGAGUGGAUGUUCUGGCUAAGGUAGGGUGAUUUUAGAGUGCAAUAUGGGGCACUGUUAACUAGCAUGGCUUUACAAUUUAACAAUUGGUUAACAACAGUAUAUUAACCCAGCUAUUCACAUAUUAAUUGAAUCAUGGGAUGUAGUAUAUCUCAGAUUUUACAAGAAUAUUCUCUUACUCUCAGCCCUGCCUCAGUGAGCAGGCCCUACAUUUUACAUUUACAUUUUAGUCAUUUAGCAGACUUACAGUUAGUGAGUAAAUACAUUUUUCAUACUGGCCCCCCAUGGGAAACGAACCCACAACCCUGGCGUUGCAAGCACCAUGCUCUACCAACUGAGCUGCAGGGGACUACAUGAGUUUAUUGGAAAUAAACCUUUUGGCAAUAGUUUUGUUUGUUCUUGUUACAAAUUUUCAGAUUUACUUCAGCAAUGUGUCAUCAUUGUUGGGAAAGGUUUCAGCCCACUCUGUUUGAAUUGUAGUUGCACUACGCCAACAGGACCAAGAGUCUACUAUGACAUGUUGUAUCCAAAGUCUGUUUGCUCUUAAGUGAGUCUCUAUAGAUAAAAGGAAUACCUUGGUCCCUAGAGAUUGCAUUAGCAUGGCUGGACUACAUGGCAACACAAGAUGCCUGUGGCCAAAUGGCCAAAGACCUCAACAUGCUACGACUAUGACUGUGAUAUGUGGUUCUCUCACCUAGCUAUCUUAAGAUGAAUGCGCUAAAUGUAAGUGGCUCUGGAUAGUCUGCUAAAUUAAUAAAAUGUCAAAUGUAACAUGCUCUGAAAUAGAAGGCUUAGACUCAUACAUUUCUAUAGCCUAGGUAGGAGCAAUAUCACUGAAGGGUUUCAGAUUAUCAAGAACAUUUUCUGCACACUUUUCUGGAGCUAACCGGGUUUGGUGCUAACUGUCAGAAGUUAACAGAAAGCUUUUGUUCUUCCCUCUAUCCCAGCAUGCAGUGGAGAACGGGGUGAGGCUGAUGGUGGAUGCUGAGCAGACGUACUUCCAGCCGGCCAUCAGCAGACUGACCCUGGAGAUGCAGAGGAUCUUCAACAGAGAGAAGCCCAUCAUCUUCAACACCUACCAGUGCUAUCUCAAGGUGAGGCCUCGACACUGCCCUCUACACCAGGGGUAGGCAACUAGAUUUUUGUCGGAGCGAAUGGUCGGGGACCGGAAAAUAAUUAUAAUAAUUUGUACACUGCAAAGUGACCACAACUAAGCCCAAACUAAGCCCAAAAAGCAUUUGUAUUUGAAAAUAACAAUCAAUUCAAACCUUGAUUACAUUGAGACACGAUCACAUAAGUGAUUUAUUUUAUUGUUAUUACUAAAAACUUUUGGGGCCCAAAAAAAUCAUUUGUGGGAUGGUUUUGGCUCGCUGGCCGCCUUAUGCUGACCCCUGCUCUACACCCUCUGUCAUCACCGGCCCCGUUCUUGUGCAUCUUCUUAUUAAUCACUUUACCUUAUGUAUGUAGAGCUUGGGACUUGUUAUUUGGACUACAUGUACAAUCUCAUAGAUUAUGUAUGUAGGGAGGAUCCCUGUUAUGUAUAGACUUGUCAUACGCUUAGAGUGAAACAGGUUUUGUACGCCUUCCAUAUUUGACUCAUAAAAGCCCAACCUAGUAUAUAAUCCAUAUAAACCUUCCAUAGCCUUGUUUGUUUUUUGACAUAAACAUGAAACGUGAAAUGAAACUAUUAAAACACAAUUGUGUUACUUAUCUACCCUUUAUAAGAGAUGUUAUGGACAGCCUGGUGACUAAAAUGUCAAGAUUUGUGUUGUUAACCAUAGCAUUAUAUAAUUGUGUGUGACCUUUUACUACCUGUACAGGAAGCCUAUGACAAUGUGUCCGUGGACGUGGAGCUGUCCCGGCGUGAGGGCUGGUACUUUGGGGCCAAGCUGGUCCGCGGGGCCUACAUGUACCAGGAGAGGAGCAGGGCGGAAGAGAUCGGCUACGAAGACCCCAUCAACCCAGACUACGAGGCCACCAACCGGAUGUACCACAAGUAAGACCCCCUUCUGUGCUUUGGGGUGAGGUUUCCCCUAGGUACAGAUCUAGGAUCAGCUUCCCCGACCCCCAAUCCAUUAGUGUGGAAAAUGCAAAACAGACCGAAGAUCAUCUUCACCCUACUCCCAUUGGUGUUAUGCAUGACGUUAGUAAAUUGGUAUUUACAUGGUUGAAUUUGGAUGCAUUAUGUGAUGAAGUUAUCAUAUCAGCUGAAUGGAAUAGAUAAAGUUCCUUAUCUUUUCCCUGAUUCUCCAAAGGUGUUUAGAGUUUGUGUUGGAAGAGAUCGACCACAACAGGAAGGCUAAUGUCAUGGUGGCGUCACACAACGAGGACACUGUCAAAUUCACCCUGGAAAAGUAAGGCCAGCCUCUGGGCUUUAUUCAAAUCAAGAGGCGGAUAGACUAGUUACUAGACUAUUUGUACAGACAUUUUGCAACACAAAGCACCAAACCAGUAGUAAAACCACUUCACAGAAAUCAAAUGUAUUACAUCAAUGGGCAUGUAGCCUAGUGGUUAAGAGCGUUAGGCCAGUAACCGAAAGGUCACUGGUUCGAAUCCCCGAGUCGACUAGGUGAAAAAUCUUUCUGUGCCCUUGAGCAAGGCACUUAACCCUAAUUGCUCCUGUAAGUCGCUCUGGAUAAGAGUGUCUGCUAAAUGACUAAAACAAAAAUGCAUACAUCAGUGAGGUGAUAUUUAUUUUUGCACAGUGUUAUGUUUUUUUAAUAUUUACAUUCCGUCUGUGUUGUGUCUCUGCAGGAUGAACCAGAUGGGUCUGUCGCCCACUGAGAACAAGGUAUAUUUUGGACAGCUGCUCGGCAUGUGUGACCAGAUCAGCUUCCCACUAGGUACUGUAAUCUCAACACCAUCAGAACUGUAGAUAGGUGUUGCAUAAUCAAGGGGUUUAUUGCAGUUCAAGAUUUAUUGAUUGGCAUUUUGGUCAGAAAUCUUGUGCGAAACAAACAACCUCAGGGUCUCACUCCGUCAUCAGUCACCUGAUACCAUACCAUAGCUAUCUUUAGUGUGUAGAUCAAUAGGGGUUCACACAGUUCUUACACAUUUUGUUAUUAUAUAAUUUAGCUAUCUAUUGAUUUGCAAAUUGAGUUUAGAGACUAACGUUUAGACAAAAAUACCUUCCAUACCUGUACAUGUAAUUAGGUUCCAAUGUUUUUCUGUGCUUGUGUGAAACAUAUUGCCUGUCGUUGUUGCUUCUCCAGUCAUGUAACAUCUCCCACUCUCUCUGUGUCUGAGAACAGGCCAGGCUGGAUUCCCAGUGUACAAGUACGUCCCCUACGGCCCAGUCAACGAGGUCAUCCCUUACCUGUCUCGCCGUGCACUGGAGAACCGGGGCUUCAUGAAGGGAUCCCAGAGGGAGCGCAGCCUGCUAUGGAAGGAACUCAAACGCAGGCUGCUCAAUGGACAGAUCCUCUACAAGCCUGUGUACUAACUGAGCUGACUGACUGUCUGGCACACCAGCACUCUGCCCCUGUAAUACAUUCCAAUGUCUUAACUGUACCUGCCCUGCGCACAAUGUGGCGAAUACUAACUGCCACUUAAGUUGAAUUUUCACUUAGUCAUGCGCUGAUGUCAAUGGGAGCCUAAAGUGAAGAAUUGACUGAAGUGGAAGUUAGGAUUCACCCCCAUGGCUUUAGAAUGUACUGUAGGUAGUUGUGCCUAGUACUAAGAUGCUCUCCUAAUGCCAAAAGACCCUCUGAUUGUCUCUGCCUUUCUAUCUAUUUAUUGCUGCCAAAAGUGUCCUUAUUUUAUAUAAGAAUAUCUCUUAUCCACUGUAGGUUUGCAGCUUAUUCAGUAGCUUAUUGGGCGUUUUAAAGUUAAGUUAUAGUUCUUA